AUGUAUAAAGGAUUCUGUCUGGGCUCCACAGUGCGGUCUGAAACCAAGGGCAUCUGGAUGUGGUGUGUACCACACCCCUCCAAGCCCAACCACACUCUGGUCCUUCUGGACACUGAGGGCCUGGGCGAUGUGGAAAAGGGCGACUCAAAAAACGACUCAUGGAUCUUUGCCCUGGCUGUGCUUCUGAGCAGCAUGUUUGUCUACAACAGCAUGAGCACCAUCAACCACCAGGCCCUGGAGCAGCUGCACUAUGUGACUGAACUAACAAAGCUAAUCAGGACAAAGUCAUCUCCCAGCUCUGCUGAAGGAGAUGACUCAGCCGAGUUUGCAAGUUUCUUUCCAGACUUUGUUUGGACUGUACGGGAUUUCACGCUGGAGCUGGAGUUUGAUGGACGCACCAUCAGUGAAGAUGAAUACCUGGAGAAUGCCUUGAAGUUGGUUCCAGGGGAGGAUCCCAAAAUCCAGCAAGCCAACAUCCCAAGAAAGUAUAUCAGGAAAUUCUUUCCAAAGCGAAAGUGCUUUACCUUUGACCGGCCUACAACUGACAAAAAAUUAUUACACCGUAUGGAUGGGGUGUCAGAAAACCAACUAGAGUGCAGUUUCCAGGAGAAAUUCAAAAAUUUCUGUAACUAUAUCUUCACAGAAGCAAAAACCAAGGCUCUCAGAGAGGGAAUCAUUGUCACUGGAAAUCGGCUAGGGAUUCUGGGAAAGGCCUAUGUGGAUGCCAUCAAUGGUGGAGCAGUGCCUUGUUUGGAAAAUGCAGUGACAACUCUGGCUGAGCGUGAAAACUCAGCAGCCAUGCAGAAGGCAGCUGACCACUAUAGCGAGCAGAUGGCCCAGAGAGUGAGCUUCCCCACAGACACAAUGCAGGAGCUGCUGGACCUGCACGCAGUUUGUGAGAAGGAAGCCCUUGAGAUCUUCAUGGAGCGCUCCAUUAUGGAUGAAAAGCAGGGGUUCCAGGAAAAACUUACGGACAUCAUAGAGAAAAAGAAGGAGUAUUUCUUGCUGCAGAAUGAAGAUGCAUCUGGAAAAUAUUGCCAGGCUCAGCUUAAGCAGCUUUCAGAAUCCCUGAUGGAAAGUAUUUCAAGAGGAAUGUUCUCUGUGCCUAAUGGAUACAAGCUCUACUUAGAAGCAAUAGACAAACUUGAACAGUCCUAUAACAUGGUGCCCAGGAAAGGAGUGAAGGCAAUGGAGGUCUUCCAGAACUUCAAGCAGUCACAGGCUGCAACAAAGGAAUCCAUCCUGCAGGCUGACAAGGCCCUCACUGCUGGGGAUAAGGCACUAGCAG